AAGAUGCAGUGGACGCCGGAGCAUGCCCAGUGGCCAGAACAGCACUUUGACAUCACCUCAACCACUCGGUCUCCUGCUCACAAAGUUGAAGCCUACAGAGGUCAUUUGCAGCGCACCUACCAGUACGCCUGGGCAAAUGACGACAUAUCUGCCCUGACUGCAUCCAAUCUUCUGAAAAAAUAUGCAGAGAAGUAUUCUGGCAUUUUGGAAGGUCCCGUAGAUCGACCUGUACUCAGCAAUUAUUCAGACACACCAUCAGGACUCGUGAAUGGUCGGAAAAAUGAUAGCGAACCCUGGCAGCCUCCCUUGAAUUCAGAAGCCGUUUAUCCCAUGAACUGUGUUCCGGAUGUCAUCACGGCCAGCAAAGCUGGUGUCAGUGCAGCCCUCCCUCCGGUAGAUGUCUCUGCAAGUAUAGGAAGCUCCCCUGGGGUGGCCAGCAACCUGACAGAACCAAGUUACUCAAGUAGUACCUGUGGAAGCCACACAGUACCUAGUCUUCAUGCAGGGCUCCCAUCUCAGGAAUAUGCUCCAGGAUACAACGGAUCAUAUUUGCAUUCUACCUACAGUAGUCAGCCCACACCUGCACUUCCUUCGCCUCAUCCAUCCCCAUUGCAUAGCUCUGGGCUCCUGCAGCCGCCCCCUCCUCCUCCCCCACCAGCCCUGGUCCCAGGCUACAAUGGGACUUCCAACCUCUCCAGUUACAGCUAUCCCUCUGCUAGCUAUCCUCCUCAGACUGCUGUGGGCUCUGGGUAUAGCCCUGGUGGAGCGCCCCCUCCUCCUUCAGCAUACCUGCCUUCAGGAAUUCCUGCUCCCACCCCUCUGCCUCCCACUACCGUUCCUGGCUACACCUACCAGGGUCAUGGUUUGACACCCAUCGCACCCUCUACUCUGGCCAACAGUUCGGCAAGUUCUCUCAAAAGGAAAGCGUUCUAUAUGGCAGGGCAAGGAGACAUGGACUCCAGUUACGGAAAUUACAGCUAUGGCCAACAGAGAUCGACACAGAGUCCUAUGUACCGAAUGCCCGACAACAGCAUUUCAAACACGAAUCGGGGGAAUGGCUUUGACAGAAAUGCUGAAACAUCAUCCUUAGCAUUUAAGCCAACAAAGCAGCUGAUGUCCUCUGAACAGCAAAGGAAAUUCAGCAGCCAGUCCGGGAGGGCUCUGACCCCUCCUUCCUACAGUACUGCUAAAAAUUCAUUGGGAUCAAGAUCCAGUGAAUCCUUUGGGAAGUACACGUCGCCAGUCAUGAGUGAGCACGGGGAUGAUCAUAGGCAGCUCCUCGCUCAUCCAAUGCAAGGUCCGGGACUCCGUGCAGCUACCUCAUCCAACCACUCCGUGGACGAGCAACUGAAGAACACUGACACGCACCUCAUCGACCUAGUCACCAAUGAGAUCAUCACCCAAGGACCUCCUGUGGACUGGAGUGAUAUAGCUGGUCUUGACCUGGUGAAGGCUGUCAUUAAGGAGGAGGUUUUGUGGCCAGUGUUGAGGUCCGAUGCGUUCAGUGGGCUGACGGCCUUACCUAGGAGCAUCCUUCUAUUUGGACCUCGGGGAACAGGCAAAACACUAUUAGGCAGAUGCAUAGCUAGUCAGCUGGGGGCAACUUUUUUCAAAAUUGCUGGUUCUGGACUAGUGGCAAAGUGGCUAGGAGAAGCGGAGAAAAUCAUCCAUGCCUCUUUUCUUGUGGCCAGGUGUCGCCAGCCCUCGGUGAUUUUUGUUAGUGACAUUGACAUGCUUCUCUCCUCCCAAGUGAGUGAGGAACACAGUCCAGUCAGUCGGAUGAGAACCGAAUUUCUGAUGCAGCUGGACACUGUACUAACUUCGGCUGAGGACCAAAUCGUAGUAAUUUGUGCCACGAGUAAACCAGAAGAAAUAGAUGAAUCUCUUCGGAGGUACUUCAUGAAAAGACUUUUAAUCCCACUUCCUGACAGCACAGGGAGGCACCAGAUAAUAGUACAACUGCUCUCACAGCACAAUUACUGUCUCAAUGACAAGGAGUUUGCACUGCUCGUCCAGCGUACAGAAGGCUUUUCUGGACUAGACGUGGCUCAUUUGUGUCAGGAAGCAGCAGUGGGUCCCCUCCAUGCUAUGCCAGCCACAGACCUUUCAGCCAUUAUGCCCAGCCAGUUGAGGCCCGUGACAUAUCAAGACUUUGAAAAUGCUUUCUGCAAGAUUCAGCCUAGCAUAACUCAAAAAGAGCUUGAUAUGUAUGUUGAAUGGAACAAAAUGUUUGGUUGCAGUCAGUGAUUCAGUCUUUAAAAGUGAAAAAAACAAAAAACAAAAAAAAAAUGUAAUGAAUGUUGGCACACACACACAUAAAACCUGCUACAUAGGGAAUAGAGCCCCUUUCCAGUAGUGUUUCAACUGCAGAGGGUCCUGGGGAAGACAACGUUUGCGUUGCAGCUGUAGAGUCAGGGUAGCUUUGGAGGAAACGUGCAUCAGAUAAGAGCCUCUGAUUUGAAAGCCCCAGACGACAGAAAGCAUAUCUAUGUGGAUGCUCAGAACGGUUCA